AUGGUUUAUCAUCAGAGAAGAUCUCAAAGGUUUGGCCAAACUGACAAUUCCAAGAUGGUUCAACACAUGGAACAAUUCAACAACAAAAGUUGCACCACUGAAGAGGCUCACAAUACCAAGAUUGGUGUUGUCUGCAGCACUCCUAUUGGCAAAACUCACAAAAUAUGUUCAAUCAAAGCUCAAGUUGAAGAUCAAUGCAACGCACCUGUGGACGGAUUCUCAAGUUUCGCUCAUAUGGAUCAUAUCGCAAGCAUCACGUUGGAAGGAUUAUGUUCGGAACAGAGUCAUUCAGAUCCAAGAACUCACUCCAAAUGCGCAUUGGUUCCAGGUACUUCUAAUCCAGCCGACUGUGCUUCCCGAGGCAUUUCGACAGAUCAACUUCAACGAUUAGAGCUUUGGUGGAAAGGUCCUCCAUGGAUGGCUCGAAAUCAAGAUCAUUGGCCAGAGCAAAAGGAAUUUUCAACUUUAACCAGCGAGCUCGAAAAAUAUUCAUCUCUUAUUAAGCUGUAUAGACUGACUGCACUUUGUUUCAGGUUUGCCUCACGGCUUAAGAGAAAGCUCGAAACUCCUCCUGUGAUCAUCAUACCAUCCUGCGACAUAGAUAAGGCACAGUUCUUUUGGAUUCACGCGACUCAGCAUUUGUACUUCGCCAACGAAAUCAACAUGUUCAACUCAGGCUCAACCCUGCCUGCAGCUAACCCUUUCAGUCGCCUCACCGCCUUCAUCGACUCGCAGGGAACGGUACGAGUAGGAGGAAGACUCACCAACACAGCGCUCAACAGGGAUGGAAAACAUCCAGCGAUCCUCCCACGGGACGCUCACCUGUCGAAGAUCAUCAUUGAAGAUGCUCACAAGCGAACAUUUCACGGAGGACCGCAGCUCACGCUCGCAUACAUUCGACAACGGCACUGGAUCAUCGGUGGCAGAGCUCCUGUAAAAUCUCACAUCUUGAGAUGUGUCGUGUGUGCUCGUCAGAGGGGGAUUCGUGCUCGUCAGAUGAUGGGUCAACUACCUCUCUCUCGAGUCACACCAUCACGACCAUUCGCUCACACCGGCGUCGACUAUGCAGGACCGAUCAUGAUGAAGAAUUCAAAGGGAAGAGGCUCGAAAACAAUCAAAGGAUGGAUCUGCGUGUUCGUAUGUUUCUCCUCAUCAGCUGUUCACCUCGAGGUUGUCAGCGAUUACUCAACCGAGGGAUUUCUGGCAGCCUACAGAAGAUUUUCGUCACGAAGAGGGAUCGCUCACAAGUUGUACUCUGACUGUGGUACAAAUUUUAUUGAAGCACAGGCAGAGCUCAAACGCCUGUUCACAUCAAGUUCAAGGGAGCACCAACAAAUUGCAUCGAUUCUGUCAGCAGACAACACUCAAUGGAUGUUCAACCCACCAGCUGCUCCUCACAUGGGAGGAAAAUGGGAAGCUGUGGUGAAAUCGAUCAAGUAUCAUCUCAGGAGAACGAUUGGUAGAUUGUCGAAAUGGCAGCUGAUCCAACAGAGGGUUCAACACUUCUGGUCUCAGUGGUCUCGACACUACCUGCAGAGACUUCAGUCAAUCUCAAAGUGGCAUCAUCCGUUUCACGACAUCAAGACAGGCUCGUUGGUGCUGCUCACGAACGAGCAUCUUCCACCAAGCAAGUGGCCACUCGCACGAGUGACCGAAGUUCACCCCGGCAAGGAUGCCCUCACCAGGGUUGCAACUGUGAAGACUGCAACCACAACUCUCAUCCGACCGAUCACCAAGCUUGUCAUCCUGCCUGUUCACCAUCAAGCUGAGCUCACCCCUGCAAAAACAUCAUCAACGAGUUGCUGA